GGCGGUUUCAGAAUCAUGUUCCACCGAGGUCUGCCGAUUCAACGGCAGAUUAGAGGAAUUCCUUCAUUACAUUUUCAUGCGGAUCGAAGAUGGGCAUGUUGGAGCUGCAGUAAAGAACUUCGCGGGAAUGCCAAGGACAUCGUUCACCGAUACUGCAUUCGUUUUAAUCAGAAGGACGCAUGUGAAAGACGCAGCGGUGCGCUUUCGCGGCAGCGCGGUGAAAAUCUCUUGCACGACGAGCCUGUUGUGCGAUCUCGAGUUGCAGUGACUACGAUGUCGCAGUGAUCUCGCCGACCGAUCGACGAAUCGACCAACGCACGCCAUCAUGCAGACCGCCGGAUUGCCGUUCGCGACUUUCCUGUUAUCCUGGCUGAUCGUGAUAAGGUUACCGGUCUCGGGUCUCUACUUCCCGCAAUCGAAUCUGACUCUGAGGCUGCCGUACUUGGCGCGAAACGGCCCGGGAGACUUGCCGGAGAUCAAAUUGAUCGACCUGAGGACCCUUCGUAACGACUCCACGAUACCGAAAAACGCGAAGUACCAGCUCUCCACAGAGCCGCGGGAUUUCGCGAUCUACCAGAAAAACAGCAAUAUUCUGCUGCGGAGUCUUCCGAAGAAUGACGUCGGCACUGUCAUCGUCGAGGCGAGCGAGGAGGGUUUCGGCAAAGCGGUGCUCGAAAUACAAGUGCAACCAGUAGCAACGAAGGCGGAAGCCAUCAAUUGUACGGACUUUUUGCAGGACAUGUGCUUUUGGAACACGUCCAUAUACAAGAUUUACGAGAAUCAACCAGUCACCAUGAUUGGCAUGUUUGGCCCGAAGGCGUACAGCUACGUGUGCCCUGAAUUCAACGUCACCAGAUAUGAAUUAGUGAAUGGAACCAACUAUUUUCACACCGUCGACGGCAUGUUGUUCGCGAACAUGUCCUUGGACAGGGACGUUCUGGGCCCUCCACCCGAGGGGCCCGGGCCUCGCGUGAAGGUCGGGGUGAAUUGUGUCGUUUGGGAAUCGAGCGGCCGACAGUACAUACAGAAGAACGUCAUCACCAUCGACAUUCUGGAUCAGGAUGACAAUCCUCCAUUCGUGCAGGGCAAUAGCUCCAUCGCCAAAGCGCUCCGGGACUUCACCGUGGACAAUAUAUUGGUCGACAACUUGAUCGUGACGGACGCAGACGCGGUGACUACCAACCACUACAGCUUCCGCCUGCUCGAGGACACCUUCAACGCCUUCAACAUCAGUUACGACAUCCUGCCGGUUGAACAUUACACGCGACCGAACAAUGCACCUUCCACCUGUAUUAUUAUCCGCAUCCGCGCUGCGAAAACGCUGCUGCCGAAGUCGCCAUACAGUGUGACUCUACGGGCCAUCGACGAGUCACUUCUCCCGCAGCACGGGCCGAAUUGGGCGGACGCCAAUUUGACGUUCACGGGCCCGGUGCACUGGACUUCCACGAUCACGAAGUCCUCAGUCCCGACGAUGCAGCAGCCGGUAUCAUUUCCGGAGAGCGUCGAGAUCGCGCGGACCUCCCCUAGAUACUUUCGCGUGACGGAGCCAGCCGUGAAGCCGACAUCCCCGCGCACUUUUGUCCUCUACGGCUCGGACGCCUUCAACGUCACCCAGCGGAGCGGCAUCGUCUACGUGUCGAACGAUACAAUGUUGCGCUCUGAGCCCGCCGCCACCAUCUCACUGAAAUUAAAAUGGGGCGAGGAGCAACGCGCCGCGUGGAUGCUGCAAGUGAAUCUGAUCGACGUGCCGCAGUCGAAGACCAACACCUGCAAGCCGACUCAGAAAGAGGUGCACUCGUGCGCGAACGCAAGAUCGCGCGACGAAUGCGUGCAGUCCUGCGGAAUCGCUAGCGGAGUCCUCAGCAACGGCAGCUUCGUCGGUCGAUGCGUUUGGAGGGGCGGUGAUGGCAACAACGGCACCGUUGUCUCUCCGAUGUCGGAGUAUUAUUCCACCUGCUCGCCGAACCUCGCUUACUGUCCCAACAACGAGUGCGACGAGCUGGAGAGCAGCGAUCCGCGCAUAUGCCCGCAGGAUUGCGUCGUUGAAUCCGACGUGCACUUCGCACACACCAAUGUAGGCGGCUACGGCAUAAAGAGCGGCUUGGGUACUUGCUCCUGUAGCGAUCUGCUCAAGUGCAUCUGCGGACCCGACGCCUUUCGCCACGUGAACAACGUCCCCGGCGUUAAAGAGAAGCGACUGGGCGCCGGAAAAUUACGCGAUCGCGAAAACGAAGUCGCCGUGCUGGGCGCGCGCAAAGCGUCCAGUAACCCGUGUGGUCCUACAUGUAUGAUGGGUGUCAUCGGGGCCAGUCUAUUUGUGUUGAUUGUAAUCGUCGGGUCGUUCGUCAUGUGGCGGUACAGGAGGGCGACGAAGGGCGCACGACGGGAAUGCAAACACAGGGUGGGCGAUGCGGCGAAUGGUAUUGGUAUUCUACCGUCCGACUACAUCGAUCGCGGUGAUGGUCUCCUGAUCGGUCUAGACACCUUCACGGCGGCAAAUCGUCAUCUGUUGCUGCCCAAGACGUGUCCGCUGGAUCCGAAAUGGGAGUUUCCACGAUCGCGUCUGACCAUCGAGCAAGUGCUGGGCGAAGGUGAGUUCGGGCGCGUUCUGCGCGCCAAGGCCAUCGACAUCGGUGGAUGGCCCGGGCCGACAACCGUGGCGGUGAAGACCCUGAAGGAGGACGCGUGCGCCUCCGAGCUGGCCGAUCUACUGUCCGAGUACCAGCUGCUGAAGGAGGCGCAGCAUCCGAACGUGAUCCGGCUGCUGGGCGCUUGUACGACUCCGGGCGCACCGGUAUACCUCAUCAUCGAAUUCGCCGAAUUCGGUUCCUUACGAAACUAUCUGAGACGCAGUCGGAACCUGAAGACGGAAGGAAGAACCGUCUGCUCGUCUCUGCUUUCCGCUUCGCCGGCAAACAACAUCGGUGAGGAAUCACGCUGCGCUGAUAAUACGUCGAACUACACUAUAACGCCGCACGAUAUACUCUCGUUCGCUUGGCAAAUCAGCAAAGGAAUGGCGUACCUCGCCGAUAUUAAGUUGGUGCACCGGGAUCUCGCGGCGAGGAAUGUUUUGCUCGCCACCGGGAAGGUCUGCAAGAUUUCGGACUUCGGCCUGACUCGCGAUGUUUACGAGGACGACGCGUACUUGAAGAGGAGUAAAGGGCGAGUGCCUGUAAAAUGGAUGGCACCGGAAUCCCUGGCCGACCAUGUGUACACCAGCAAAUCGGACGUUUGGAGCUUUGGCGUGCUCCUGUGGGAGUUGGUCACGUUAGGAGCCUCGCCGUAUCCUGGAGUAGACGUACAUAAUCUCUACAAUCUCCUGAAGACCGGCUAUCGUAUGGAAAGGCCGGUCAACUGUUCGCAGCAAUUGUACAAGCUGAUGAUGUCGUGUUGGCACCUGGAGCCAGGCAUGCGGCCGUCUUUCAAGGAACUGACCUGCCAUUGGGAGCGCAUGCUGGAGGAUGGCGUCGAGUAUCUCGAUCUUAAUCCGCGAACCGUCCAUAAUCAGGCCUACUUCGAGUCCCUGCAUUCCUUGGGCAGGACGGACGAUUCCGACGACGAUCAGGUGGGCAACGGGACUGUCAGCAACCUGAAGACGAACACCGUCAACUAUCUUGGCAGGAUGUCCUCCGAACCAGUCACCAAGUGCGACAAGGUGGAUAAGCUGCAGGCGCUCUGGCAGAUGUCCAUAGCCUCCUUUCCCGACGAACCCGUCAAGUCGUCCUACGUGAACGAUCGACCCGCGAGCCUCAAUACUAAUCAUUACGAGAGUCCCAUUAAGCUGAGGAAUACUAGUGUGACUAGCAACAGCGAGAACGAUCUGAGAAUAACCAAACAGGAACGUCCUCAGUCCUACAUCGACAUGCAAGGGAAGAAAUCGGAGACGGAGGACCUCUUGGUGUUCGGGAGCUUGGACGACAACAAAAGCGACAAUAACGUGACGAAUUGAGCGACCCAGUUUCGUGCAUUAGAUGUCCGACAACUGAGAAGUUUAAAAAAUCGUAUCAGGGCAGGCUCGAUUUUCUGACAAUCUCGACGUAUUCACGAUUUCUUCGAGCGGAUACACGACGAGUGACGAAGAAAUCCGAUGAAGGAGUAACCGGCGAUCGCGUGAAUCACGCGAAAGAAGGACAUAUUUAUUGAACGACGGAGAAGAAGCACAAGGGAGAAAUGUACGAGCGAUUCGAGUGAAACGAAAACUGCCAUUUUUUAUGGCAAUUUGCAAGGAGCGCGAUUCGACCGAGGAAUUUGCUGCGACAAACAUCAGCUCCAACGGAGUCGAGUACUGCCGGAAGAAUUCCCGAAGAAUUCUCGAGACGACCGAACGCAGCGCCCUAUCUACCGAGACGUGAGAACAAACUGUGUAUCGUGCGGAGAACGGUUGCUAUAUUAUUAGCGAGUAAAAGUCAGUAAAUAAUUUGUCCUAUUUUUAUGUACUUAAAGUUGUAAACGACUGUUUGUCGAUCACCAGUGGUAAGGCCGCUUUUACUACUUAAUGCCGAUAGUUACGCAUCGCAAACAAAUCACUCGCGCGGUUUCUCACAGGAGAGUCGUCGAGUUCCCCGAUCGGCGUUGAGUGUCUUCUGUGUGUCACAUUACGCAGCUGUGAUGAGGUUCGAGAAUAGUUUGUUCAUUUAACGCUACGUACAGGAUGCUCCCGAGCUACUAUCCGAAUGUCGUCUUCGUUUUUCCGUCGUUGUCGGCGGUUUUGAUCGGAAAUUUCGAUUCGAGCUACGAUUAACCACGAGAGGCGCAAUACUUUAUGCUCACGAAACUUCUGCAUUGAAGAUGCACGUGGUCUUCCAUUGAGUUUUUCUUGACGAACGCUCGCGAGCGCGAGGUUAGGCGCACUUGGACGAGCGAGACACUCUGCACGCAGCCAUACCGGGAUCUGAAACUUAAUCGUCACGCUUCCUUCGAAACGAGAUACUUUUUAUUGUCGCACUAGCUUUUGUGGCUUUCGUGUGCCCGACGCAACAGAGCAGAUCGCACAAAGCGAUGCACGCGCGAGUGUAGCGGAAGUACCAGCGACGUUUUUACGAGACGCGUGUCGCGCGAGCUCACCAUAUCCGAAGACUGUGUUUCGCCGUAUCUCACCGAGAGAACGAAAGGAGUCGCCCCUUUUGUAUUUAUGUAUAAAUGCAACAUUCCACAAAAGAGAAACUAGGCUAGCUGUUUUGUCGCGCGAGCACGACGAGCGCGCGUCUGAUUUUUUAUUUUAUGACACGACGUUUGCGGUGUUCUCUUUUUCCUUUCCUCUCUCUCUCUCUCUCUCUGUCUUUCUUUCGUUAUUACCCUCCAACGCGCCGAUUGAUGGCGACGAUAUCGUAUGCGAACGCGCGUUGCGAGUCGGUGUGUUAAUCUACAUAUAUAAUUGUGCCAUAUGAAUUUUUUCUUGUAAUUAAUAUAUUACGAAAUUACAUAUAAAAACGCUUUCACAAUGGUGUA